AUGACUAUAAAGGCCAACUCUUGGGUUCCAAGAGUCAACUUCACAAGCAAAAUACGGAGGAAGUCUGGCUUCAUUGUAGCUCCUGAGAGCGACAACAGGAUCCCUCCAGAGAACCCGAGGGGCAGCCUGGCCACCAGACUACUGGUUAGUGCGGCGGUUAAAACGCCUGGGGAGGGGGCAGCAGAGUUAUCAGAGGUCCUGGGCACCCCUAGACAAAAGCAGCGCAUGCUGCGGGUGGGCGGCUCCUGGGGAGCCCCGCGCCCAGGCGCCCCGAGGAGGCUCCGCUUCUCUGCUCCCCGCCCGGUGUUCGCGGGCGACAGCGGCCCCCCGGGCGUCAGCUCCGAGCCGGGGCGGGGGGCUGGCGGCCGAGAGCGGCGCGGCCCCGAGUUUAUGCUAAUCCGCGCAGAGCCCGCCUCCCGCCUCCCCUCCGCGGCCCCAGCCGCGAGCAGCGCCGGCCACUCCGCGGGACGCAGCCGCCGCGAAGCGCCAGGCGACCGGGCCAGAGAGCUCGGGGGGCCGCGAGCGGCGGCGGCGGCGGGACCCGGGCGGGCGAGUGGCGGGGGCGGCGCUGCGGCAGGACACCGGCGGGGGCACCGCGCGGGGCCCGGCGGGGACGCGGGAGCCGCGAUGGGCCGGCGGCGCCUGCCCGUCUGGCUGUGCGCCGUCGCGGCGCUGCUCUCGGGGGCGCAGGCCAAGGGCACCCCGCUCCUGGCGCGGCCCGCGCCGCCCGGCGCCUCCCGCUACAGUCUCUACACGACGGGAUGGCGCCCGCGGCUGCGCCCGGGGUCGCACAAGCGGCGGCACGGAGGGGGCGGCGCCCGGGGCCGGGCCCCUGCCCAGGCGGUCGCCCAGCGCUCCGGGAGGCUGCGGGGCUGGCGAAGGAAAAUGAGCCGAGGGGGCCUGGCGCGGCGGCUGGGAUCCUGGCAGUGCCCGCGGAAACCUUUCCAGAGAAGUAACAUUUUCCAGCUGCGCUGUGUGCAAACUCCGGGCGCAGCGGACCAGGUGGAGGGAGAGGAGGAAGGGCGGUCCGCGCAGAGCACGCGGCGGGCUCCCCGCGCCGAGCCUCCCCUGCCCCGCCAGGUAGGAGAUGGAGCCGUGCACCCUCCCGCAGUCAGCCCGGCCCCAGCAACCCCUGGGACCCCCACCGGGGCCGGGCUGCAGAGCUGCUGGGGGAUUCUGCGUCCUGGCUGGACCCGUGUUGUGAAACAGCCGUCGCAGUGGGACACCAUUUUCCCCUAUAGGGCCCUCUGUGCCUACGUGGUACACAGGAACGUGACCUGCGUCCUACAGGAGGGAGCAGAGAGCUACGUAAAGGCUGAAUACCGGCAGUGUGGAUGGGGGCCCAAGUGCCCCGGGACAGUCACGUACCGCACUGUGCUCAGACCCAAAUACAAGGUCGGAUACAAGACAGUGACAGAACUCGCCUGGCGUUGCUGCCCUGGCCUCACUGGGGAACGCUGCCCUGAGCACCUUACGGACCACGGGGCCGCCCCACCCCGGCUGGAGCCUGAGCCCCAGAUUCCCUCGGGCCAGCUGGGUCCAGGCCUCAGGCCCCCUCCUUACAGCAGAGCAGCCCCCAGCCCUCACGGAAGGAAAGGUCCAGGGCUGUUUGGCAAGCGGCUGGAACGCCUGGAGGGUGAUGUCCAGCGCCUGGCACAAACAUAUGGUACCCUCAGUGGCGUGGUGGCCAGCCAGGAGGACCCCAACAGGGUGAAUGGUGGCCCCAGGGCUCCUGCUGCCCCUGUGGGCUUCGGAGUCAUCCCCGAGGGGCUCGUGGAUCCAGGAGAGAGAGUCAGAGGGCCACCCACACCUCCCCUGGACGAGAUCCUGACCAAGGUGACAGAGGUGAGCAACACGCUGCAGACCAAGGUGCAGCUGCUGGAUGAGGUGCACGGGCUGGCACUGGGCCACGAGGCCCACCUGCAGCGGCUGCGGGAGGCCCCGCCAUCCCCACUCACCUCCCUGGCACUGUUGGAGGAGUAUGUGGACCGACGGCUGCACCGCCUCUGGGGCAGCCUGCUGGACGGCUUCGAGCAGAAGCUGCAAGGCAUCCAGAGUGCCUGCGACCUGCGGGUGCAGGAGGUGCGGCAGCAGUGCGAGGAGGGCCAGGCAGCCAGCCGGAGGCUGCACCAGAGCCUCGAUGGCCGGGAGCUGGCCCUGCGCCGGGAGCUCUCCCAGCUGGGCAGCCGGCUGCAGGGCCUGAGCGCAGCGGGCGGGGGCGGCUGCUGCGGCCAGCUGGCGGUGAUCAGUGCCCGUGUGGAUAGCCUUGAGAGGACCCUGCAGGCAGUCACCGAGACCCAAAGGGCCCCUGGAGGCCUGGCUGGGGAUGAGCUCACACGACUCUCUGCCGCCAUGCUCGAGGGAGGUGUGGACGGGCUACUCGAGGGCCUGGAGACGCUCAAUGGGACGGAGAGUGGAGCGAGGGGCUGCUGCCUGAGAAUGGAGAUGGGGGGCUGGGGGCUGGGCGGCUUCAGGACCAUGCUGGAAGAGCGCAUGCAGAGCCUCGAGGAGCGCCUGGCGACACUGGCUGGGGCGCUAAGCCAAGACAGCGCUCCACCGGGCAGGUCAGCACGGCCCCUUGUGCAGACAGAGCUGGCCGUGCUGGAACAACGGCUGGUCUCACUGGAGACCUCAUGCAUCCCCAGCACCACCUCGGCCAUCCUGGACAACCUCGUGGCGGAGGUGAAAGCCUGGCAAAGCCGGAGUGAGGCCCUCCUACGCCAGGUGGCCAGCCACGCAGCUCUGCUCCAGCAGCUCAAUGGCACCGUGGCCGAGGUCCAGGGGCAGCUGGCAGAAGGGACGGGCAGCUCACUCCAAGGUGAGAUCACUCUGCUCAAGGUCAACCUGAACUCGGUGAGCAAGUCACUCACGGGGCUCAGUGACUCUGUCAGCCAGUACUCUGACGCCUUUUCAGCCGCCAACACAUCCCUGGAUGAGCGAGAACGCAAAGUGGAAGCCGAAGUCCACGCCAUCCAGGAGGAGGUCAGCAGCCAAGGCUCCAGGCUCCAGGCUGGCCACAGGCAGGUCCUGAACCUGCGGGGUGAGCUGGAACAACUCAAGGCUGGUGUGGCCAAGGUGGCCGGCGGGCUCAGCCGCUGCCAGGACACAGCCCAGGAACUCCAGCACGCAAUGCGCCACUUUGACCAGCGGGUGGCACAAGUGGAGGGCGCCUGUAGGAGGCUGGGCGUGCUGGCGGCAGGCCUCGACAGCUGGCCCCGGGAUGGCCUGUGGGGCCACAUGGACCAGCUGAACCGCACACUGGCCCAGCACACACAGGACAUUGCCCGCCUCCGAGAUGACCUGCUGGACUGCCGGGCCCAGCUGGCUGAGCAGGCACGGCCAGGGCGAGCCGACUAGGGAGGCUGGCGGGGAUCCAACCCCCGGAUCCCACAACCCAGGGAACAUCACCCCAGAGCCCAGCCUUUUGCAGUGGUGCCUCCCAGCUUGCCCCUGGCCAGCCCAGAUGCCACUGCGGAGGCCAUGGAAAGAAUGGGCUCAGUCCACCUCCACGUGACUGUCCCAGCCACCAAAAUCCAUGCUCAGUGCUGCACAAACUGGACAAUUCAGGAGAGUGGUCAAGGCAGGGACGUUGUGCCUGAAGGCCAGGGUGGACUUAAGAGCCUGCACAUGUCACUGUCUGAAAAUCAGAGUCAGCAACUGUGCAAAGACCUCCAGGCCCGUGCUCAGUGGCCCGGCCAUACUGCCCUUCGCCCAUGAGCGACAGUCUGCAGCCCCUGAAGGCUUCUCUCCCCAGCCAUCUGGGCUGAGUUUCUGCAGGACAGCAAUGCCCGCUGGAACUGCCCUCACACCUGCCAGCUUCCCAGACACUGUUUCUAAACCACGGACCAGAGGCUGCCAGAUGUUUCCAGCUCCCUACAUGCCCUUCAGGACAGAAGCACAAGGACUCACUGAGAGUUCUCUUUAUUCCUUUUGAUUCUCUGCCCCGCCCGGCCCAAGGUGAGGGCUUAGGCAGCUGUAGAAUCCCAGAGGAAGGAAUUGGAUUCAGGCCAUCUGUUUGGAGAAUCCACACCAUUUUCUCCUUUUCCUUCCCCAGUGAUGUUUCCAGGGCCUUCUGGUGCCGGACAGCCUUCGUCCUUCCAGAUCAGGGCCUCUCUCCAGAGGGUGGCCCUAGUGUGUAUCGGGGCCUGAACGAGGCCAGACCCUGAGAAGGAGCCCAUAGCUGGAGGGAAAGGGGUUCAGACCUUGCUUUUAACACUCUGGCAAAACCCCAGCCCUGCCAGGAUGUUCACGAAAGGUUAGAAAUUCAGGUAUGAAAUCAAGGGAAAACUUGAAAACGCAAGUGUUCCUCAGGCCUGCGCAGCUCCCAGAGACUCUGAUGCCCAACACUGCUGGGGCUCCCAGCCUCAGUUUCCCCCACGGCAGCAUGGGCCCUGCGGUGCUGGUCUGUAGGGCCCACAGCCCUGCCUUCUGCUUUCUGGACAUUGGGUAUUCUGCCCUCCAUGUGGUGCUGCUGGAGGAGGGCAGGCUGUGGAUUAAAGCUUUCAGCCAG